UCCUCCUCUUGCACUUUCCCCGUUAGGCCAUUGCCCAUCCGGUCAUCAUCAGGUUCAAGUAUCUGCUUUAACUCCAGUUUCUUUCAUCGCCAAGCCAUGCAGCAGCAACUACAUUCCUCAUGCAAAAAGUUUAGCAAUGGAUCUCCCAUUCCUUUCUUUGGCCUCUCCCUUGCGCUUUUGCUCUUCGCCUUUCUCCAACCCACAAGCUCCUGCACGGAGCAGGAGAAGAGCUCCCUCCUCCACUUCCUUGCUGGGCUUUCGCAGGAUGGCGGCCUCGCCUUGUCAUGGCAGCAUGGCACAGAUUGCUGCACAUGGGAAGGGGUUGCCUGCGGCGCAGAUGGGACAGUCACCGACGUCUCCCUCACUUCAAGGGGCCUUGAGGGGCACAUCUCAGCAUCCCUGGGCGAGCUCACCGGCCUGCUGCGCCUCAACCUGUCCCACAACAAGCUGUCUGGUGGCCUGCCGCUGGAACUGAUGUCGUCCAACAGCAUCAUCGUUCUUGAUGUCAGCUUCAACCGCCUCAAGGGAGACCUGCGUGAGCUGCCAUCUUCAACCCCAGGCCGGCCUCUGCAGGUAUUCAACAUCUCGAGCAACUUGUUUACAGGACAGUUUCCAUCUAAGACAUGGGAGGUGAUGAACAGUCUGGUUGCGCUCAAUGCCAGCAACAACAGCUUUACUGGGCAGAUUCCAACUCAUUUCUGUAGCAUAUCUCCAUCCUUUGCUGUGCUUGAACUCUCUUACAACAAAUUCAGUGGCAGUAUCCCUCCUAGGCUUGGUAAUUGCUCCAUGCUGAGAGUUCUCAAGGCUGGCCGUAACAACCUCAGUGGUACACUCCCAGAUGAACUUUUCAAUGCUACCUCGUUGGAGUACCUGUCUUUUCCCAACAAUGGUUUGCAAGGAAUACUUGAUGGUGCACGCAUAAUCAAUCUCAGGAAUCUGGAAACCCUUGAUCUUGGAGGGAACAACUUCACUGGCAGGAUUCCGAAUGAUAUAGGUCAGCUCAGGAGAUUGAAGAAGCUCCGUUUGGGCCGCAACAAGUUGUCAGAGGAGCUGCCAUCAUCGCUAGGUAGCUGCACAAAUCUCAGAACCAUCGACCUCGGUAGUAACAAUUUCAGUGGAGAGCUUGCCAAGGUCAAUUUCUCCAACCUACACAAUCUAAAAACUUUAGACCUUCUGUACAACAACUUCACCGGCACAAUUCCAGAAAGCAUAUACUCUUGCAGAAAUUUGACUGCAUUAAGGCUAUCUGGCAAUAACUUACAAGGGCAACUGUCACCACGAAUAGGUAAUCUGAAGUCCCUCACCUUCCUAUCACUUGCUCAGAACAAUUUUACAAACAUCACAAAUACACUUCAGAUCCUUAAGAGCUGCAGGAAUCUUACCACUCUUCUUAUUGGGGUCAACUUCAUGAAUGAGACCAUGCCAAAUGAUGACAGCAUUGAUGGUUUUGAUAAUCUUCAGGUUCUUUCCUUAAGUGAAUGCUCAUUGUUGGGGAAAAUACCUCAUUGGUUAUCGCAGCUCACAAAUUUGGAGAUGUUAUCUUUAGAUUCCAAUCAACUAAGUGGACCAAUACCUGACUGGAUCAGCAGUCUAAACUUCCUGUUCUAUCUAGACAUAUCAAAUAACAAUCUGACAGGGGAAAUUCCUGCAGCAUUAACAGAGAUGUCAAUGCUAAAAUCAGAGAAGACCGCAGCACAUUUGGAUCCGAGAAUCUUUGAGCUACCAGUUUAUGUAUAUACAUCACUUGAAUACCGCAAAGCCAGUGCUUUUCCAAAAGUGCUCAAUCUAGGAAAUAAUGAGUUCACUGGUGUGAUCCCUCCAGAGAUUGGUCUCUUGAAAGGGCUCCGUGCACUAAAUUUGAGCUUCAACAAAUUACAUGGAGAUAUCCCACAAUCGAUCUGCAACCUCACAAACUUGCUGGUGCUCGACUUAUCAAACAACCAUCUAGCCGGUGCAAUCCCAGCCGCGUUGAUCAAUCUACACUCCCUUUCUAAAUUCAAUGUUUCUUUCAAUGACCUAGAAGGACCUGUGCCAACCACAGGUCAGUUUAGUACAUUUACAAAUUCUAGCUUUGACGGCAACCCAAAGCUGUGUGGUCCUAUGCUUAAUCACCAUUGCAAUUCAGCAGAGGCGGGUCCAGUCUCCACUCUCUCCAAAGAACAAACUUACGAAAAGGUCGUCUUUAAGGUCGUCUUUGCUAGUGCCUUUGGUGCAUUCUUUGCUGUAGGGGUGCUAUAUGAUCAGAUAGUCUUAUCAAGGUACUUUUUAGCUAGUGCCAUAUGACCAGAUAAUUGUGUCAAGGUAUUUCAGCUAGUCUCUCUUCAGUUUUCAUAGGAUCUAUGACAGACUUUGGCCAGGCCUGGCUACUAUUCAGGUUCAGCGACAUAUCCAAUGACGAAGCUCUCUUUGUUUGUGAGUGAUCCAUUUGGUGGAGAUGUAACUAUGUAAUACUGUUUAAUCGAAGCAGACCAAAUAAUUCGAAAACUCAAUCUCGUCAGAGUUCUAUAUAACUUUG